ACCGCCCAGGGCCGGGCCUCUGACCGCGCAGGCGCAGAAGCGCGCUCCCACCUCCGGGUUCAUGGAUUCCCAGUCCAGCUGCGUGGUGGUGACUGGUUUCGGGCCCUUCCGGCAGCACCUGGUGAAUUCCAGCUGGGAAGCAGUAAAGGAACUCUCCAAGCUGGGUCUGGGGAGUGACAUGGAGGUGGAGCUGAGGAUUCUUCAACUGCCAGUGGAUUACAGAGAGGUGAAGCAGAGGGUCACCAGAAUCUGGGACGAUCUUCGACCGCAACUCGUUGUGCAUGUGGGUGUGGACCCCGCCGCCAAGGCCAUCUUUCUGGAACAGUGCGGCAAGAACUGGGGCUACGUGGACGCCGACAUCCGGGGCUUCCACCCUGAGCGCGGCGUGUGCCUUCCGGAUGGCCCAGAAGUGAUCACUUCGGGAGUCAGCAUGAGGGCAGUCAGCAGGCGCGUGGUGGUCGAGGGCGUGGAGGUGGCCUUUUCCCGAGACGCAGGCAGGUAUGUCUGCGAUUACACCUACUACCUGUCUUUGCAUCAUGGAAAUGGGUGCGCGGCGCUCGUCCAUGUCCCUCCAUUAUCUCCUUCGCUUCCGGCUAGCCUGCUGGGAAAAGCCCUGCGAGUUAUCAUCCAGGAAAUGCUGGAGGAGACUGAGAAAGCCAGGUCUCAAUGCCUGGUUCAGAAACUCAGCCUUUGUGAUUCCAGACAGGGGGAACCAACUGGGAGACUGCUCCUUUAGAGAAAAUUAAAUGUUUCAGUCCUGUAUGUAGAGUUCAACUGUGCUUUGAGAGGCUUUUACAAUUUUGCUUGUAAAACAGUUUACACAGAGGAAAAAAAGUUCUGAAUUAGCCCAAUGAAAUCACAAAGGGUUAUUUUAUGGUCAGAAGAAAGAACACUGUGAAAGGCAGACAUUUCACAAGGGCUUAACUAGCUUCAGUUACGGUUUUCCGGACAAUAAAAUGAAAUGCUAGUAAUUUUUUUUCCUCUUAAAAGUCUACGCAGCAGGCCUGUGUGAUCCUGCCCAGAUUUCUGGGACCCCAGACCUGUUCUGCGAGCCCCGUGUGGUGGGAUGGCCUGCGACUGGCCGACCCGUGGGAAACGCAGGUGCAGCUGCUACUUGGGCGCCCCACUCUGGGCCUCCAAGCUUGUGCAUCCAGGUGCUGUGGGCAGCUUGUGAGCCACUGAGUCUUUAGUGUUUGGUUUCUUCUUCUUUUUUUUUUUUUUUUUUUUGCGGUACGCGGGCCCCUCACCGCUGCAGCCCCUCCCGCUGCGGAGCACAGGCUCCGGAUGCGCAGGCCCAGCGGCCAUAGCUCAAGGGCCCAGCUGCUCCGCGGCACGCGGGACCCCCCCCCCCCCACCCCGGACCGGGGCACGAACCCGCGCCCGCCGCAUCGGCAGGCGGACUCGCAACCACUGUGCCACCAGGGAAGCCCUGGUUUUUUCUUUUUUAACUUUAUUUAAAAAAUUAUUGUAAAAUACACAUAACAAAAUUUUAACCAUUUUUAAGUGUUCAGUGGCAUUAUGUACAUUCACUUGUUGUGCAACCAUCACCACCAUCCAUCUCCAGAAUUUUCUCAUCAUCCCAAACGGAAACUCUGUACCCAUUAAACAGUGUCUCCACCCUUCUCCCCCCACCCCCGGCCCUUGGCAUCUAUUAUUCUACCCUCCAUCUCUGAAUUUAACUACUCUAGGGACCUCAUGUAAAUGGAAUCCUUGUCCUUCUGUGACUGGCUUAUUUCACUGAGCAUAACGUCUUCAAGGUUCAUCCAUGUUGUGGCAUGCAUCAGAAUUUCCUUCCUUUGAGGCUGAAUAAUAUUCCAUUGUAUGUAUAGACUACAUUUUGUUUAUCCAUUCAUCUUUUGAUGGACACUGGGUUGCUUUUACCUUUUGGUUAUUGUGAAUACUACUACUAUGAACACUGGUGUGCAAAUAUCUGUUAGAAUCCUGGUGUGUGUGUGUGUGUAUGUGUGUGUAUUGCUGGAUCAUAAGGUAAUUCUAUGUUUACUUUUUUGGAGGAGCAGCUAUACUGCUUUCCAUGGCAGCUGUAUCACUUUAUAUUCCCCCAGUAGUGUUUGGUCCUAAAGCAAAGGUUAAUAGCUGGGUUUAGCUUCUCUGCCAUGGUCAGUGUUAUCCCUACCUUUUAAGAAACAGAACCUCCCCUUUUCAUCUUUCAUUUUGCCUUUAUGACACGGUUCCAAGCUGUUCACAGCAAGGUUUUACUUGUCCAGUGUUUUCUGGGGGCAAAUUUCCAUUGGGAACCCCAUUAGCAACACUGUAUUUUGGAGAAAGAGCUUGAAGGUGGCUAAGCUCUGGGAAAUUUCUUCUUAUGUUGGUAUGCUCACAGCUAUCAUUUUCCACUUAAUUCCAUUAAAAAAAAAUCAUCGUCACUUAGUACCCAGAUUUAUUCACUGUAAGAAAAAGCAGCUGCACCUUAAUAACAAAGGAACUGGGCAAAGGAACUCGCUUUACCAUUAGCCCUCCAGCACACUUGUGCAUUUGUAAUAGACUUUACAGGACCCCUUUGCAAAUGAAACUGGCUCACUUGCCAUAAAACAGAUCAAAGUCCUACUGUAGCAGAUCAAAGGCAGCAAGUGGGGUGGGAUGGUCUGGCCAACAAGCAUAGGUCCUGCUGCACGGCUGUUAAUGUGGAGAGCCUUCUGUAGUUGUAGGCAAACACCUGCUACCCAGAGCCCGGGACACCCCCUUAUUUUAGCUUCUGUCUCAGGACGGUGGCAAGCAGGCGUCCUCUGGGACCCGGCUCCAGUGUUAUUUCAGAUUGUAAAAUGCGUAUGGCUUGGCGCCAAGCAAACUCUUAGAUGUCAUCCAGUUGGAGGCCCAGAGCUCCCUCUUGAUGAACGUCCCUGUCAUCUCCCCUCUGUGGCCUCCAGGGUUUUUUAGGGAGAACCCCAGAGGCCCAGUUCACAUCCUGGUCUAAGUGGCCUGCCAUCCCCCGCUGAUACACACUGGGGUCUGUUUAGUUAUGGCUGAUACGCAGCAGUUCUGAGACAGUUUGAAAGCUGACACAGCUUCAAAAGGCUGAGCCCUGGGUUGGUCAUUUAAUAGCUGGGGGUCUUGGACAUAUCUGUGUGUUUACUCAUCUGUAAAACAGAGUAAUAAAAA